AUGGGUGUCCAUGGACUGUGGCGCCUCCUCGACACCUUCGGUGAGGUUACGCAACCCGCCGAUUGGAAAGGCAAACGCGUUGCCAUCGACGCAAGCAUAUGGAUAGCGCAGUUUCGAUCAAGCUGUGAACCUGGUGAAAGUGUGGAGGAGCGAAUCCUGGAAGGUUUCUUCAUGCGCAUUCUCAAAUUACUGUUCUACGGAAUCGAACCGAUUUUUGUUUUUGACGGGCCUUCCACCAUGUCAAAGCGGGCGGAGCAACGGCGUAGGGCUCAGCAUCGUGAAGCUCUGGAGCAGGCGAUGGUGACACGCCACGCCCGGCGACUCAUUGCUGCUCAGAUGAGUGCUGGUUUACUCGAUGUUCAUUCGCUUCCUCGAAAGUAUCGAUCUCCCGGAAGUGGUAAGAAACUGCAGAAACCUUUGCGCCAGUCUUUGCCACCAACCGAUUUGUUGCACGACGUCGAUGAGGACGUGGGGGAAAGCUGUGUGGAAACAGGAACCAUUUUGCUGCAACCUAAAGGGCGAAAAAAACGAACUCGGGAGGUUUGCUUGGCUCCAGAGGUCGUCUCACGGUCGUUGACACACUCUUUCUUGAGUGAGGCCGAAAUAUUCUUGGAGCAAAGAAAGACUUUUGAAAAAUUCCACGAGAAUAACAGGCUUGCGUACACCAGCACUUCGAUAUUUAUGGGACCUCGCCGGGUGGCUGAAGAGGUUUCCAGAGCACUAGGGGGUGCUACUAGGGGGGAAGCUGAAUCAAUUCAGGGUUCUUCAGCAGGUAAUAGUUCGUCGUCUUCGGUGUUGGUUGAAGGCGUGGGAAGUGCCGCCAUUGUGGUGGAAGAGGAGUGUGGUGACAGUGUUUGCGAAAUUUUGAGCAGCAGUAGUUGCUCGGUUAUCGUUGUUGAUAAUGCCAUUAAAACUGACCCUCAUGCUGUCGAUGCUUUCCAUCAUAAUGUGUCUUUUGGAAAAGAGGAGGAGUCCACCUCCGAUGAAGUUGAAGUGUUGAGUAGCGGAGACUAUUGGUCGUGUGCGGACAAUGACUGCGAUGAUUUAUUAAGUCUUGCAGCGUCUGACAGAACGCCAGACACACAAUGUAAUGAUUCAACACAUCUGUGGUAUCCGGGGACGCAGUUACUUGGAGGCCUCGGAUCUGCCGAUGAUGGCGGAAUUGUUGACGAGUCUCGGGACAACUGUACAGAAACAUCGUGUGGUUUGAGCGAAUUCAACCCCUUUGGUGGUGUUGUCGUUCCAUCCGGGAACUUAAGGAAAGAUGAAAAGGAAGUACUGCUCAAUACUUCUGUCAUCACCUCUUCGGAGACACUGGAGACCACGGGGAUACCCUUGAAAGUUCCGUCCGUCUCUCGGGAGCAUGUAAGAGAGAAACAGGUUGUUCCCUUUGAAUUGCUAGGGAUCGUUGAGUUGCUCGACUGCUGUGGGAUACCGUAUGUCUUGAGUCCUAAUGAAGCGGAUGCGCAGUGCGCCUUUUUAAAUGAGCAACGUGUUGUGGAUGCUGUUUUCACUGAAGACAGUGACGUCAUUGUACAUGGCGCACCGGUGGUCCUCCGUGGGUUCUUCUCCAAAGGGCGGCAUGUGGUCGCGUACCGCCAGAGCGACUUGUUGGCGUGUGGGGUAGACAAGGUUGUUCUUGUUGCGCUUGCCCUUUUGCUUGGAUGCGAUUAUGCAGAGGGUGUUAACGGGCUUUCACUUUUGGAGAGCUUGCACGUCAUCGCAGCUACUUGGCGUCAAACCACAAACUCUGUGGAGGGCGGAGCCGAGCAGGUCCGAGAUAUGUUGAGCAGCUGGUGUUCCGCUGUGAGGCGCCGACGUAUCCCUUGGGGAGAGGACGUGCCAUUAACGCGGUUCUACCGGAACUACGUGAAGUGGAGUACAUUGCAAUUAGCUGAUUCCUUUCCGGAAAGCCACGUGGUGGACGCCUAUUUCAAUCCUACGGUGAACACCGAUACGCGGCCUUUUGUCUGUGCAGCACCUGACUGGACGAAACUCCGUUUGUUCGCAUCGAUGCAUGGGAUUCUCAACAAAAAAUACUGCGGGGAGCGGCUAGAGAAUGCGCAACGGGAGUGCCAGCGCCGUCAACCACCAAGUGGAGACCCCGCUGAUUCUGCUCAACGACGACUUACAGAUUUCUUCAGCCCACUGCCAAAUCGUGAGCGGGUAAUUUUCAGAAAACAGCCCCCAAAGUUCUCGGAAGCCCUCUCCUAUUUGCGUGCAGCCAGGGGUGAUCCGUGA